AAACACCCCUAAAGGUAAUAUUUAUUCCCAAAUGAAAGGGGCCGUGUAGUAUUCUUCCGACGCUUGAGCAGAGAAAGGAUCGCGGCUUUUGCCCCUUCACCUUAAUCUGGUGAUCCGCGAGUGAACAUUUUGUAGAUCGCCCAGUUUUUAGCUGGAGUCUGAUUUUUGGGAUAAGCAUUCAUUUUUCGAUUUCUUCGUCCAUUAAUUGCCUGUCUUAAGUGCUCCUCGGUGUUUCGGUUAUGUUUCUCUAUUGAAUUUGAUAGUUCUUGCGAAGGAAAUCUUGUUCAGUACGCUCGAUCAGUGUUUCUGGUGGAUCUACAAGUAGCAAUUUGGCAGCGCAUUAUAAAUUUUCUAGAUAUAAACUAGUAGUAUCAAAAUAUCUGUCAUAGGAAUGGCAACAAUGGUUACCCGGGGAAGCAGUCCAUUGGCAUCUUCUAUCUCUUUGCGAGAGAAGGGUAACAGAAACAAAAGGAAGUUCAGAGCAGAUCCACCUUUAACUGACUCAAAUAUUCUAAAUCCCCUUCCUCAUGCUGAUUGCAUCAAUUAUGACUUUUUUCACAUGGAGAGAGUUUCUGAGAAUCCCAAUUUGGAGCAACAUACCAGUUUCUGUGAUGUAUGCAGGACCCUCUCUUGUGGUUCAAAGGAGGAGCUAGGUUUGGAGGCACCCCAUGAAGUGGACUGGAGCAACCAGGCAGUGAACCAACUUGAGGAGGUUAUCCUUAGCAAUUUAAAUGAAGUGUUCAAUGGAGCUAUUAAAGCCAUAGUCUCUUAUGGGUAUACUGAGGAGGUUGCGACCAAUGCUGUAUUAAGCUAUGGGAUAUGCUAUAGAUGCAAGUAUACAGUUUCUGAUAUUGUGGAUAAUGCCUUGUCACUUUUGAGAAGCGGUAGGGAAGUAGACUCAUCAGCUAGAGAGAAUGUUGCCGGGGAUCUACAAAGGCUGGCCAGGAGUGUGUUGGCUGACAUGGUUAAUGUGCUUAGGGCUGUUAGACCGUUUUUCAGUGUAGGGGAUGCAAUGUGGUGCUUGCUGAUCUGUGACUUGAAUAUUUCCCAUGCCUGUGCUGUUGAGUGUGAUGUUUUGAGCACUACAUGUUAUGAUGAGAAAUCAAGUAUUUCUAGUGUCUCCCAUCCAGAGCCAGAGGUGAACUCAAUCAGUUCUAAUUCUCAAACUAUGCCUGAGCUUGAGGUAUCAGUUAGCAGGAAGAUGUAUCAUAUAUGUGGUUCUAAGAGGGAACCAAUCCCACGAGAGAAGUCAUUCACCUUUGAGGAUUGCCGUGCUAAUAGGCCAAAAGCCGCGCUAAGGACAAGCAAGAAUGGUGGUGUAGGUGGACUCCUUAUGAAUGAGAAAUUCAAAUCAGUAUCAGAUUCUUCUGGCGCAAGCAUUAAGUGCACUUCCAGGAAGUCAAGCAAAGCAGGAGGAUCAGAUUCAUCACAAAUGGAUGAAUCUUUAGGUCUUUCUUUGAGUGACGCGUCCUCCAAUGGUCCUUCUGCAAGCAUAAAAGAAACUAGUAAGCUGGCACCUUUAACAGCUGCAAACACAGACCUGUCUUUGUCAUUGCUACCUUCCUCUAGUAGUAGUACUGGUUAUGGCAUCAAAGCAAAUACACACAGCAACUGUGCAGGAAUGGAAUCUGAUAAAAUAAAUGGCAAUUGGAUCCCUCAUGACAUGAAGGAUGAGCUGCUUCUCAAAUUAAUCCCACGUGCACGAGAAUUGGAGGCCCAUAAGCAAGAGUGGACAGAGUGGGCACAGCAGAAGAUUAUGCAGGCUACCCAUAGGUUGAGCAAAGAAAAGCCUGAGCUCCAAACUUUGAGGCAGGAAAAGGAAGAGAUUGCCCGCCUGAAGAAAGAGAAACAAACCUUAGAAGAGACCACCAAGAAGAAGCUUUUAGAGAUGGAGAAUGCCUUGUCUAGAGCUAGCAACCAGAUAGAAGAGGCAAAUGUAACUGCACGAAGGCUUGAUAUUGAGAAUUUGGAACUGAGGAAGGAGAUGGAAGCUGCAAAAUUGCGGGCAGAAGAAUCGGCAGCAAGUUGUCAAGAAGUCUCUAAGAGAGAGGUGAAAAUUCUUAAGAAAUUUCAGUCAUGGGAUAGAGAAAGAUCAUUGUUGCAUGAGGAGCUCAUUAGUGAGAAGCAGAAGUUGUUGCAGCUACAACAACAACUCAAGUUUACCAAAGAGCAUCAUGAUCUCAUGGAGACUAGGUGGAAGCAAGAACGUAAAGCCAAGGGAGAAGUGCUGUCCCAACUCAAGUCAGAACGAAAGGAACGAGAACAGAUUGAGGCCUCCGGAAAAUCAAGGGAGAACGAGAUUGCAAUCAAAGCAGAAAAUGAACUUCAGAAAUACAAAGAUGAUAUAAGGCGGCUGGAACGUCAGAUAACUCAGCUGAGAUUAACAACAGACUCUUCAAAAAUGACAGCCUUUGGUUGGGGUUCUAAUGACAGCUAUGCUUCAAGACUUUCAGAUGGAGGAAAAAGUAAAUUCGACCAUUCAAUCAGUGAACAGUUUCAUCUCCAGGAGCAGGGAGAUGAUGAUCUACAGCGCGAUAGAGAAUGUGUAAUGUGCUUGAGUGAGGAGAAGUCUGUAGUUUUCCUUCCCUGUGCUCAUCAAGUUGUUUGUACAACAUGCAACGAGCUUCAUGAAAAGCAAGGCAUGAAGGAUUGCCCUUCCUGUAGGACUACCAUUCACCGAAGGAUCUCUGUUCGGCACGUCGAACUAAUAAGCUAAGUAUACUCUCCAUCAUCAUUUAGAUUUACAAAAUUGAGAAUAAAGCUUUGCCCCUGAACUUUUGAACUGAAUAAUUCAACUUGAAUCGAGUUUGAAACAAUCUAAUUCCUAAUGAGAUGUAUUGAUGCAUCUGCUGCUUGUUUACGUUUCAAGAAUCAUUCCAGAAAAAUGAUGU